CUCACUCCUUUCACACUCUUCGGCAGAUUCAAACCAGGAAGUGAAACCAAAACAAAAGCCGUCAGUAGAGAAAGUUGGUGGUUGACUAGAUUAUGAUUUAGUAACAGUGUCACGGUCGCCUGUCACUGCUGGGGCUCGAGCUCUGCUUUCAGAAGAUGUCGCGGGAGAUGCUCUAGCCGGUAGUGUAUGAGACCGGAGGAGGGACCGCACAGUGUCCACUGCUGCUGCCGCUGUCUCUGCCUCCGACCGAGACACUGGGACGACCUAGUUUCUUAAUCCAUAGUCGGACCGCACUUGCCUCGGAGGGAUUACAGCCCGCUUUAUUUGUUGUCGUCAAGUCGGCGCAAUUUAGCCAAGAUUACAACAGGAAGUUAAUAGAUUUUGAACCAUACCACCAACCCUCUUAAAACAGCCUUGAACUCAUUGCACUAAGAUUGCCAAUCCAAAAUGGAGGACUUUGGGAGACAAAGGUCAUGUUCAGCAGCUCGCCCGUCUGCCCUGUGGCUGUCCGGUUCUUCAUCCCUAUCCAAAUAAUUAUGGAGCUCGCGCGGUGUCCCCACACAGCACGCGCCUCGUCUCGCCGUUUCAGCGCAGCUUCCGGAGUCCGCAGGUAGCCGCGCAGGUGGCUCAACUCAGCGGCGGAAUGCGGUCCGAUGUGGAGUACAGCCCGGUGGGAGAGGGGCUGGGGAUGCGGGAGUACUGGCUCUAUGUGUGGCUGCGGAGGGCGGCGGUGGUAGCGGCUCAUGUCACCGGUCUGGGACUGACCCUCAUCAUCUCCCUGCUGUCCAGGCCCGGAACCAGUCUGUUUUCUUGGCAUCCAGUGUGUAUGUCUGUCGCAUACUGCCUCUGUAUGACUGAAGGCAUCCUCCUCUUCUCGGCUGAAGGAUCCCCCUUCUGCUUCAAAUCUCGGAAGGGUAAAGUCCGUCUCCACUGGUUCUGUCAGGCUCUGGUCCUGAUAGCCGCUGCCACUGGGAUGGGCUUCAUGGUGGCCAGCAAGAACGUGUCAGAGCACUCCCACCUGGUCACCUGGCACAGUUGGCUGGGCAUCUGCACCCUGGCCGCCACCGUGCUCCAAGCGUCUUGCGGUAUCUGCGUGAUCUUCCCCAAGCUGCUCCGCCUCUCCUCCUCUCUGCCGAGGCUGAAGCUGUACCACGCCACAUGCGGCCUGGUGGUCUACCUGCUGGCCACGGUAACCGUGGUGUCGGCCAUGUUCUCGGACUGGUUCCAGGCCACGGUAAAAGGGGUAGCCUGGUGGGCCUUCUUCCUGCUGCCCCUCUUCCCCGCCCUGGUAGUGAUGAACCAGAUCACUAAUUCCUACCUGCCCCGCAAGAAAAUCACCAGCUAGGUGGCACAUAGCAUGAGGCUUUAAUCGCUCGGUGGCCAUAUUGCAUUGACAUCGUACUCUGAGAAUCAAAUGGAAGCAAAGUCUUCCCCUUAAGCAGCCAUUCAGGAUAAAAUAAUUAGACAGCUUCACAUGCCGGUAGUCCCAUAGACAGUCUUACAGCACAGGUAUCUGAAGGGGCGUUUGGAAGCCUGGAAUGUAAUUUCACUGCCUGCCACAUUUGAUUUUCGGCUCACUAACGAUCAGUUUGUACUCUCCGACUGACAAUUUGUCUCAACAAACACUCAAAUGAUUUGUUUGUGCACACAGAUUAUUGAAAUUCUCCACUCAAGUGAAUGUGGGAAGUCAUUGUGGCAGUAGGAACGGAAGUGCAAAAACCAGAAUGUUAGCAGCAAGCUAGCAGCUGUAUUUUAUUGUGGAGAGUUAUCAACUACACCAUGUUCCAUCUGAUAAAUUAGGAGAAGAAAGAAGUAAUUUCAGGUGCAGAAUAGAAAUUCUGGACUGAAGUUACUUAUUGGAGGGUAUAGAGCUCAACAGUGAGGUUCUGGAAGUAGAAAUGCCAUUCAUAUUCUGAAUAGAGGAUUUUGAUUAUUAGCCAUACUAUCGUAGCCAUCCAAGCUAGACUUUCCACGAGCUAUGACAUUGUGCAACGAUGGUACAUGCUGCUGUAGGAGCCACGAGUUCUUAUGAUAUCCACCUUGUUUAAAGAAAAACGUGUUUUAUCUGCGACCUCAUGUUGAAAUACUGCUAAUACCCACAAUCCUAAAGUGUAACAGCAACUUCUCUGAUUGGUAGAGCUAGCUGUCUGCUAACAUCAGUCUACAUGAAACUGCAUGAGUCACACAAAUCAUGUUGUUACACUACAUAUACGCACACAACACAAACUACAAUAUAUUACCACACUAUUAUUAACAAUAUAAACACUAAAGGUUGUCUUAGUUAAGCUAGCAUUCACAAUGGUUUAUGAGACGAGUCGUUAUUUUCUAAAAUAAUUAAUAGUAAUUAAACCUUUUUCCGUUUUUUUGGCUCCGAACCAAAUGUUUUAUGGUCAGUUCAUCUCGUAGUUGGUCGGCUUGGUUCCAGGCUUAUAACUCUUGAGGAUUUCCUGAAAAGUCAGUGGAGGGAAUGAUUAACGUCUGGAACCAGAGCCGUUCCAGAAGUGUGCGGUCACUGUUGAGCUCUAUGCGUUACGAGGUUGUCCUUGACUCCUCCCAGAUACCUCCUUGACUCCUCCCAGAUACCUCCUUGACUCCUCCCGGAUACCUCCUGUGUUCGGCUCUCUCCAGCAUCUAGUGGUCAGUAGAAGAACUGCAGCUUAAAACAUUGGCAUCUUUGCUCUGACUCCCACUGAAACAAGAAACGCAAAGGAAUUUCCUCUGAUGAUGCUGUCCACAAUAUGCGGACUACCAUACCAGAUGUACACACGUGAAACACAGGACACAGUAGGGUACGGCUAUCCUGACAAACAACUGGAGGCAAUAUGCUUUCAUCCGUUGCCUCUCUGGAGGAAUAUUUGCACUACACAAGCAGCGACAGCAAUGUAUGACUGGUUUCUGAAGGGAUGUGAAGCACCUAUGCUGUCUGUGUGAGCACUUCAGCAGUGAAGGUGCUGCACCCUGUACAUUUUAUUUAUUUAUCCAUUUAUAAUGUGUUUGUGUUGUGGGUGAGUGCAGGUGCUACAUGGAGCGUUUUACCAUUAAAGUUCCAUCAUUUAACAUUUUUUAUAUUUAUCCAUUUAUGACGGACUGAAUUACAUGACGGCAUAUAGCAUGAAAGCAGUCGCCAACAGAGAAUUAUCAAGCUUAUUGAUAGCUCAUUGUUUUGCUUAUAUGGCUCAGGUACGCUACCCAGAGGUGGGACCAAGUCAUUGCACUUAAGUCCCAAGUCCUAAACUUUGACUUUUUCAGUCCUAAGCAAGUCACCAAAUUCACCAAAUGUAAUGCCAUAACAACAAAAUGAAUCAGAAUUAUCUUUGGUAUCAUCUCAAGUCCAAUUCAUGUCCAAGUCUACACCUCCGACGCUACCUGCCCUACACAAAACAACAAACUGACAAAGUUGGCGACGAGCUGCAGACAAAAAGCAAAAAGGCUUAGUAGAUAAGUUGUCUUUGGAAAGCAUUAGCAUUGCUGUUUCCUCAAUGAGGCCUUGUUUGAUUACAAAAAUGCUAGCAUUGGUAACUUAAUGACAUGAAAAACUACAUGUAGCACCUCUGGUUCAUGAGUUUUUACAUUCUGUGUGUACCUGUGACCAUUUUCUGUCUUUUAGGUGGUGUUUGUAGCCAUGCUCUCUGUGUCUUUGUAAUUAGUAAGAAAAAUGAACGUGUCCUCACUCUUAUGUCGCUUUGUACAAGGCCAAAAGCGAAAGCUGUUUUCCAGCAGAUGUCAUCAAUCCAGGAACCGAGCUACGCACAUAAAACCAGUCACAUCAUACUUGCAUGGGCUUGUAGUUCUGUCCAGUCCGCUCAGUACCUCUGCAAAAUAGUCAAAUUAGAAAACUUGAAAAUGGUACCAACUACUGUUAGGAGCCACGGUCAACAGGCUUCCCUAGAAAUGAACAUCAGGUUCCUCUGAAGCUAUCUUGCUAGGUAUAGCAGAUAGUAAUCCCCAGCUUAUUGCCCCCAGCAGGUACCACCAGUUUAGAUCUUACUAAACAAUUUCAAAAACUAUUUUAAACCCUCAAACUAACCAUAAUACUGUAUAUGGACCUUGUUUGGAUGGAACACCAUGGGAACACCUGACAGACUUAAUUCAGGGCAGAUAAAAGGCCCAAGCAGGUGGCACCAACAGGUUUCCAGCUGCAGGUUUAUUUCAGGCCACAAUAAUGAGGACAGCUCAGUGAGACAGAUAGAUGAAUGUGGACUAUUUUUAAAACGGUGUUGGCAAACCUGAUGCACAAAGACCUGUUGGAUGUACUGAUCCUCCCGCACCUUGCCUCAACCUCUUUGUCUUACUCACUGCUAGGAGGCUUGUGCAGAUACAAAUCAUGUUUCCUUUUUGACGUAAUAGUCCAUUAAUAAUAGCCCAUUACAGAUCGCUGCACAGCCUGCAAGCAGUGCUAUCUACUGUGUCUGUAAUAUAAGAAAGAUACUUCCACAUAUCUUGGUUCUCCAAAAGCACUCAUCAUGUAGAAUGAAUGGCCAAAAAUGUUACACACUGGACCUUUAAUGCUGGGAAAUUGUAAGAAAAUCAAUAGUACAUGUUCCUGGAGUUCGUUUCCAGGCUCGGUUUCACAUUUUAGCUGUCCUUUAUUAAGAUCAGGGUUUCUACUGUUGGAAGUCUUCUUUACUGUUCUUCUUUGCUCGUUUUGUUAGCAAUUCUGGUUUAACCCCAGCUCGGCAAUGUAAUGCAAUAAAUGUUCAAAAGUGUAAAAUAACAAUUUUGUUAAGUCAAAAUUUCCUAAUGAAACAGCAGAACUCAAAAUACCACAUUUAAUAUGAAUUUUGUGACUUCUCUUUUAGGUUUUAUGAAAGAGAAUUUACCGUCCCAACCCUCCAUUAAAUGGUAGGAAUAUUCUACUACAUGCUACUGAACACAACUUGCUCACAAACUUAUUCUUUGUUCUAACUACUCAGGACUUUGCUGUAUGAGCCUGUUCAGAGUGCUAAUGAGCCGAUCAGAAUGUAGGUUGUAGGUUUGUAUUUAUCUAUCCUUGUCACCAGGUUGCCGCCUGUGAACCUUCUGUAAUAAACAAAUAAAUAUAUGUGAGUUGUUAUUGCUUUUAUUAUACCUCUGUUGUCCAUCUGUGCAUUUUUGUGAAUGCGAUAUAAUGCAUAUUGGCUGAAAUCAUACGUAUAUGUAUUAUCAAUAUAGUGAUAACUUCCAUGUAGCCAAACUUGAUACCUUUUUAUUCAGUUCCUUCAAAAUAUUCACUGCAUAUAUUCUGAGUCUAGACAGAUCCGACUGGUUGGCGGAGGCGUACAAACAUGAGGCGGUAGUUCCAGUUCCUAACAAGACAAGACUUUAAUGUUCCAGGACUAAUAAAUGUGGACAAUGUGAAACAUCAAGAGGUGUUUCCUAAAGCCAAGUGAUUCCAGGUUCUACACAUAACCCAGAAUGCAAUGCAGCCACAACAUCUUUAUGUGCUAGCUUCAGCUUUUUACAGGAUAAGGCUGCCAAUAUUCAAUGGUUUUCAUAGUCAAAAAAUCCCAUAAAAAGACCAACAGUGAUUGUGUCUACUGAAGAGUGUUAUGUCUCAUUGACAGUAUAUAUAAUGGACAGAGC